AUGCCUGGAGAGGGAAGCAAACGUGUCGGAAUUCUGAUGGACCCCAGCCUCUCCGAGCCGACGCUCAACGACAGCAAGGUGACUUGUGAGGCGAAGAGCUCGAUCCCCGACCGGGGCGUGAUGGUGCAAUGGAAAAAAGUGAGCUAUUUGCUAUUCAUGUUAUGCGAGAAAACUGUUUCAUUUGUGAUCACAUGCCGGUCUUGUAGCUGCUUUUUGCAUUACCUCGACCUUUAUUUGGGCGAAAAAAGAGUGUCUCGAGCAGGUUCAAGUAGUCCGAAAUCACUCGGAGACGAGUGCGCAUUCCUUGCUCCCAAUUGGUCGACGCACUUCUUGGGACAUCUCCCUUUUGCUUCUGCAGCAAAUGUCUGA